GGCAAGUGCACCGUAGCUAUGGCCGAUAAGUGGACGGAGUGUGUAAAAAGUGUGAAAGGAGUGAUUCUGGAUAUGUGUGGAGUGCUGUACGACAGCGGAGAGGGAGGAGGGAUUCCUAUUAAAGGUUCUGUCGAGGCGGUGAAAAGGUUAAAAGCUUCUGACCUGAAGCUCCGUUUCUGCACCAAUGAAUCUCAGGCCACUCGUGAGAAGUUUGUAGCUAAGCUGCGUCGUAUGGGCUUUGAGAUCGAUGUUGAUGAGGUGUUCUCCCCGGCUCCUGCUACAGUGGCCGUCCUGAAGAAGCGAGGUCUCCGACCCCACCUGUUGGUACAUGAUGACCUGCUUCCAGAGUUUGACAGUGUUGAGAAGUCUGAUCCCAACUGUGUGGUGAUUGGAGAUGCUGCAGAUCAUUUCUCUUAUCAGAAUAUGAACGCUGCGUUUGGAGUUCUGAUAGGACUGGAGAAGCCGGUGCUCAUCUCUAUGGGCAGAGGGCGUUAUUAUAAGGAGACUGAUGGACUGAAGCUGGAUGUUGGUGUGUAUAUGAAAGCCCUGGAGUAUGCGUGUGAUGUGGAGGCCGAGGUGGUGGGUAAACCAGCACCCAUGUUCUUCCAGAGCGUCCUCGAUGACAUGGGCAUCCAGCCUCACGAGGCGUUAAUGAUCGGCGAUGAUCUGGUGAAUGACGUGGGCGGAGCUCAGCAGUGCGGGACGAAGGGGCUUCAGGUCAGGACAGGAAAAUACAGGCCGAGUGACGAGGGACAUCCGACGGUCACGGCUGACGGAUACGUGGACGACCUGAGCUCUGCUGUAGACGCCAUCCUGAAACACCGUGGUCUGUAGAGAAGAACUCGGCACUGAUCCCAGACCUGCUGAGGAGGAAACAACUCUGCACUGUUUACAAUCUGAUCCUGACGUACGGAACUAACUGUAGAUCAGUUCCAGGCCUUAAUUCUCCUACACUGUGGAUUGGGAUCAAGACCCUCACACUGGGGUUAUAGGCAGAGAAAUAACUAAAUUCUAUUAUUAAAUUAUUUAACUGUU